CGCACAGGCAAAGCCAAUGGAUUCUCAUCCCUCUGCUUUCCACAGAAGCUUUGGAGAAUGGUGGAGAGCGACCAGUUUCGGUCCAUUUGGUGGAGCGAGGGUGGAAAAUGCGUGGCCAUCAACGAAGAACUCUUCAAAGAGGAGGUGCUGGGCAGGGGAGGACCUCUGCGGGUUUUUGCCACGCAGAGCAUGAAGAGUUUCCUCCGGCAGAUGAACCUCUACGGAUUCACCAAAACGCAGCGGGAUUUCCAACGAUCUGCCUCCCUGCCUGAAUUCCUGGCAGAAGAAGCAGCAGCUUCUGCUCACAGCCAG